CAGAUGAUUGGCAAAUGUCAUUUUAUUUUACCCGUGUUUUCUAGUAAAAUUAAAAUGACAAUUAAAAAAUAGUUAUGUUUUAAUAAAAAAAUCACGUUAAAUAUGAAAUUUGUAUUCGUGAUUGUGGUGUAAAUAUGCUAGCAUUUCAUGAUGUUUUAAAAAAACUUCAGUAGAAAAAUCGAAAACAAAUACUAUUAAAGUAUUAGUCAUAAUGUUUGCAAUUUAAAACGAAAUCUGAUAAAUUUCUCGAGAUGGUUUUGUCUAAAAUAUACAGUUCAGGAUCUCGAGCUUUGUUUCAUGAGGCCAAUAUAUUAAGAUGCCAGGGUCAUUACGUAAAUAUUGCUUAUUGCCAAUGUCACACUAUAAACCAGCAAAGACGCACUUUCUUCAACUUUGCCAAUUCUAGUCGAAAAAGAGAAUAUAGUGGAAGACAGUUAGUAGGUUAUACUAUGGAACAGAUGUAUAAUGUGGUCUCAGAUGUGGAGAACUAUCACAAAUUUGUUCCUUGGUGUAAAAAGUCUAUAGUGCUAACUAAAACACCAAGCAACCUCAAAGCAGACCUAAUAGUUGGUUUUCCACCAAUAAAUGAAAGCUACACAUCUAAUGUAACUUUAAUAAAACCACACCUAGUGAAAGCAGAAUGUACUGACGGCAAGCUGUUCCAUUAUAUGCUAACUCUUUGGAGAUUCAGUUCUGGAUUGAAGAGAGAACACCAGUCCUGUGUUGUUGACUUUCAAAUAUCUUUCGAAUUUCGUUCUGCGUUCCAUUCUAAUUUAUCAAAUUUAUUUUUUGACCAAGUCGCUAGACAGAUGGAGGGAGCAUUCGUUCAGGAAGCAGGUAGAAGAUAUGGAGCAGCUUCAUUGCCGCCUAGAAAUCUCCUGCAAAAUGGACAUGUGAUAAAAAGUUGACGAAUUUUAUAUUUUUAGUUAGCAAAAGUAUUAUAUUAUUUAUUUAUUCAAUUAUAAAUUAGCAUAUAAAAAAUUGUAUAGUUCGACUCAUACUGAAUUCACAAAAAAAAUGCUAUGGGGAGGUACAGGAUUAAUGGAUAAGUGAGUUAAUAUUACUUUUAUAUUAACUAAUAAGAACAAAUGUGACAUGUAAUGAAAGUGAUAAGAAAAAAUGUUAAACAAAAAUAAAAGGAAUGGUAUUCUCAAAGAGGAGAUACCUACAUUAUAAAUAGAAAAUCAUAACAAGAAUGAGGAAUAAACUAGAAAAUUCUGAAAUAACUAAAGGAUCUAAAUACUUAAUGUUUAUGGCAAACUAAACCAAAUAUACAAUAAUGUCAAACAAAACUAUUUAUAAUUUAUUACAUAAUAUUUUUAGUACUAAACUUUUUAUUUUACUCCAUGUUGAAGGUGAUCUAUUAGAUUAAUGUAAUAAACAAAGAUUUCAUGUUA